AAUAAUAUAUUAAAGGGAAAUAUUUAAAUGUAUAUAAUAUCUAUAUAGUCGAUUUUAACGGUAACAGCGCAGUGCCCUGUAAGAUCACGGUACUUAAACAUUCACAGUGCAAAAUAUUCCUUUCAGGUGUUAUGUGCGACUCAAUUGCUUUCUUUUUCUAAUUUAAAUUAAGAGGAUAUAGCAAUGGGUAUAACACCAAGCCGUUAUGAAGAUUUUUCAAAAAAUGAACAUUUGGAGAAGUUUUGUGGAAAACAACCAAUUCCUCCAAAUGAUGCAUUUUGGAGUUCGUUUUUAUCUUACAAUAUGCGACCACCAAUAACAAGGAACGAUCAAAUAGAACUUGACUCCCAAUUAGAUAUAGCUUGUCAACAGUUAUUGAAUAAUAAUCCAACAACAGGGAAUUUUGGUAGCUUGAUACAAGUUACACUUAUCCGUAUAAGCGAAUUACUUGCGCCUGUACAAAAUCAGAACAUAGUAUCCGCAUGGCAAACAUAUAAUGCGUUAUUCGCUGUAAGAUGUUUUUUAAAAUAUCUUGUUGAAACUGUCGGUGAAGAGGAAAUGAUAAAACAUAUAGAAGCAACCGGAAUAUCUGCAGGAACACAAUCAACAUCUUCGUAUAGAUUAGAAGAUCUUUUUGAAUCAUUAUUAGAACUCAUAACAGAUCUACCUUUAUGUGAAUUUACAUAUAUCGUUCAUUUGGAAGCAAUAAAUUGUCUCCUCGUACUUCUUUCCGUACAAUUAUUUUCUCAAACUGCUGCUGAAUACAGUCCUGUUUAUAGAAUAGCAAUGCAUGCUCAAAGUAGCGAACAUGCACCAACUUUGGUAUGUACACUAUUACAUAACUUCGUACAACAGCAACAUGCACCGGCAGGAUUAUUUUCACAACAACCGGGUGGCAGUAUAGUUUUCAGUAUAGCUGCUGGAUUGUGGAAUGUAAUUACAAUGGGCAUGGGUCAUAGUUCGAAGAACGUACAAAUUUUAAACAAUGGUGCAACGGAAGAGGAAGAAAAGAAACGAGAUACAGAAACCCCUCUUGCUAGUCAAUCUUUACUAUUAUUAUUAGUUUUAACAAAUCAUUGUACUGCAACACAAAAUCCUUAUAGAAAUGCACUUUUCACAUUUACAGAUAUGCAAGAUGAUUAUACUCAAAUAGAUGGAUUUGCAUUUAGAUUUAAUUUAAAUAAAUUAUAUAGUACAAUCUGUAAAAUACAAAAUACCGAUGAAGUCACGUUAUUAUUGUACAUGUUAUUGCAUAGAAAUCAAAAUGUGAAACAUGACAUAAUGAGAAGAUCAGAUAUACAUUUAUUGGUAACACCAAUAUUACAAAUACUAUAUCAUGCACCUAAUAAUACAUCCCAUCAUAUUUAUAUGUCACUUAUAAUUCUUUUAAUCUUGAGCGAAGAUGAAACAUUCAAUAAAAGAAUACAUGAAAUUAUGCUGAAAGGUAUUACUUGGUAUACUGAAAGAUCUAUAAGUGAAAUAUCAUUAGGUGGAUUACUCAUUCUUGUUGUUAUAAGGACAAUACAAUACAACAUGUUUAAAAUGAGGGAUAAAUAUUUGCAUACAAAUUGUUUAGCUGCUUUAGCUAAUAUGUCUGCUCAGUUUAUGUCUUUACAUCCCUACGUUAGUCAAAGAUUAUUAAGUUUAUUUGAAACAGUAGCAAGAAAACAUGCAAGAUUGGAAGCAAAAAUAAAAGCGUUAUCUACUGUUUCAACCGAAAACACAACAAUCAAUGUUAAUGGGACCGUGACCAAUGCAGAUUUAGUACAAGAUUUGACCAUAUUGGAAGAAGUUCUUAGGAUGGUACUCGAAAUUAUAAAUAGUUGUCUGACACACAGACUCGCAGAGAACCCAAAUUUAAUUUAUACUCUUCUAUACACAUUUUGCGAAAAAGAUAUUUUUGAACCAUUUAGAUUACAUUCAGCGUUUCAAGAUAUCGUGCAAAAUAUAGAUCCUGUUAUAGAUUUCUUUUCAUAUAAGUUAGAACGAAGGGAUCAGUCUCAAUUGGGUGUCAGUCAGGUAUUAGCUAUAAUACAGCAAGGUGUCACAGAAUGGCCUCGCGAUCGCCUAAGAAAAUUUCCAGAACUCAAAUUUAAAUAUGUGGAAGAAGAACAACCAGAAGAGUUCUUUAUUCCUUAUGUAUGGAGUAUUGUUUGUCAAGGAGCAUUAUUACAUUGGAGUGCUGAAAAUAUUAAAUUACAAGCUAGUAUUUAAAUUUGUCUAUAAAAAAUUAAUUCAAUAUGAAUUCUGGCAAAAGAAAUAGAA